UAGCCAUGCCCAUUUAGUACAGUUAUUACAGAAUAGUGAUUCUGCUCCACAAGUAGAAGUUAUGAGGACAGGCAAUGAUACUGGAAGUGUCAGAUUGAAUGGUAGUAUGCAUACACGAACACCAUCCACCUUGUCUUUAGCAUCUACAACAACAAGUCAUGCCUCUUCAGACUGGCAAUCUACAGAGGUACAGAAAGAUGGCAAAACAUUUAAACAAAGUGCCUAUUACUUACUGACCUCAAAAGAAAGAUCUCAGCUGAAGAAAGCUAUGUUGGAAUAUGACAGUAGAAAGAAUGUUGUUGACCUUCACAAGAGAUUAACCCAGAUUUUAGACACACAUUCUAAGAAGACUUUAUGGAGAUAUAUAUUACCUAUACUACCAACUGAACACAUGGAUUAUUGUGUCAGCAAAGGAGGUCUACCUAGGAGUAUUAUACAAGAAUUGAAACGUAGAGGUACAAACGGAAGGAAGAAUCAUGAUAAAAAUUCCAAUUCCAGUUUUGACUUACGACAUAGUACAUGGUCAUCUAAAGCCAGUAGCAGUACACUAGUAAACCAUGACACAGAUUUCUCAUCACCAUCAACACCAACAAAUGGACCUCAUUUUUCAUCUUUUAAAAAACAAAUGGAGUUUUUGUUAACAUCGAGAGAAAGAAUGCAGCUGAAGAAAGCUUUACAGAUAUACUCUAAAAACAGGAAAAUAGACAACCUGAUAUUAGAUAUGAAUGUGAUAUUAGACACACCAUCUAAAGAAAGUUUAUGGAAUUAUAUAGUUCAGUUAUUGUCAUCUGCUCAUCAAGAAUAUACCAUAAAAAAAUUAAAUCUCACUCCAUCUUCUAAAGCUUCAGAUCAAUCCAGUGUUCAUAUAACAGACUUCCUAUCAUCAACAGAACCAAGUCCUAGAAUGCCAAGAAAAAACCUACUUCAAGAUGGUCUUAAUGGUUUAAGACUAAGAAGUCAAAACAGAUUAGAUGAUUGGAGAAGAAGCCAUGAAAAUUUGUCUUCUUCAGAAGAUGAUGCCCAAUACAGAACUCUGAAAGCAGGAGUACGAAGAUCAAGAGGUCGACUAUGGAAAACAAUGCAUCCUGGGUUCAUGUAUUCCUAUGACGAUAUGGAUGCUAGAGAUGGAACUAAAGGAUUUGACAUUGCUCUGCUGAAAGAAUUGGAACAAACAAGAAGAGCAGUGCAAGAGGCAAAAAGGAUGUUCUUAGGGGCCAACAGAGGGGAAAACCAUGAGUCAAAUGAAUCAGAUUCUGAUGACAAUCCUGCUAACAAAUAUGUAACUGUGAUACCUGUAGGUUUUGGCGAACAAGAAGAGAAAGAUAAAUCUCCUUCUAGUAGCCUCCGACUGAAAAGUAGUUUAAAAAAUCCUAUUCCAUAUCAUAAACAAAAUGGCGGAUUAACAAGGACAAUGUCAGGCCUAAUUUCACCUCCGGAAAUUGUGAUAACUGAAUCGGAAUCUGAAAGUGAAAGUGAUCGUGACAAUAUUUGUAAUAACUUUACACUGAGAGCUGGCGAUUCUUUUAACCAACGAGCUUUAACAGCUUUGAAGGAAUUAGAUGCUGUGAUGGCUGCUGAGGUUUCAGAUUUGGAUGCUGGUUCCAUUGGACUAGAAAUCAGUCAUAGAGGUCCCAGCAAUGCAACAUUAAGUCCAAAAUCUUCUCCACGUUUGAGACCUAAAUCCAUAUCAUUUACAGAGGAAGUUAUGGUGCAUUCUCCUCCACCACCUCCUCCCCCUCCCCCUCCUCCUCCACUUCCAACUACUGCAGAGGAUGUCAAUGAACCUAAAGGAAAGAUGAAUGUUAAAAGAAUUAACUGGGAGAAAAUUGAUGCUCAAAAAGUAGGAAAUACAGUCUGGGGACAGCUGGGAGAUGAGGAAGAUCUUGAUGAUGUGCUGAAGUAUCUUGAGCUUGAACAACAUUUUAGUACCAAUCCUGUCAAACCUUCACAAAGGAACCAGAGGAGAAUGUCAGUGUUUACAGAGAAGAAAAAUGAAAUUUACAUUCUUAGUCCUAAGAAGGCUUAUAACAUCUCAAUAUUAUUAGGACAUCUACGGAUGUCAAUAGAUCAGAUGAAACAAGCUUUAUAUCUGAUGGAUGAGGAAAUUCUUACUCCAGAUUUACUCAAACAGUUACUCACUUUUACUCCAAAUAAACAAGAGAUGGAGAAAUAUGAUACUUUCAAUGGCGAUAUUGAGGAAUUAAGUUUACCAGAUAGAUUUGCUUAUGAGAUGAGUCGUGUUCCUGGCUAUGAACAAAGGUUGAAAUCCAUUUUAUUUAAAGCAAAUUUCCAGGAGAAAAUAGAUGACAUGAAAGAGAGUUUACUUUGUAUAAGGAAAGCAUCAUUACAGCUGAGAAACAGUAAAAGAUUGACUAAAAUAUUAGAGAUGAUACUUGCCAUGGGUAAUUAUAUGAACAAAGGAAAUCAACGAGUUGGUGAAGCUGCAGGAUUCAAGAUCUCAUUUAUAUCUCAGUUAGAAGUAACCAAGACAAGUGAUAAUAAGACAACAUUUUUACAUGUCCUUGCUAAUGCUGUGUAUGUAAAGUUUCCUGAAGUUUUAGCUGUUGGAGAAGAACUGAGUAGUAUACCUGAAGCUGCUAAAGUAUCUGAUAUAAUGGUAAAUCAGGAAAUCCAAGAACUAAGAAAAGUGUUACAGGAAAUAUCCAAUACAUUGGAGAAGUAUGGUUCUCAAAAGACAAGAAUUGGUGUAAAUGACAGAUUCCAGGAUGUAAUGGGUCAUUUUAUAUCAGAAGCAUCAGAUGAGGUCCAAGCUCUGUUCAGACUUCAGGCUAAUGCAAUGGAAGAUUUCCACCAUGUUGUUCAAUACUUUGGGGAAGAUCCCAAGAAUAUUACUACAACAGAAUUCUUUGGUAUUUUUGCAGAUUUUAUAAUAAAAUUUGAGAAAGCACAUAGAUAUAAUUUGAUGUACAAAAGACAUUGACAGAAAAUACUUGGGUAUUUAAAGGCAGCAUCUCCAAUAAAUGAUGGAAGCAGAAGAAAACAAUUUAAAAUGAACUACCAAAUUUUUUACUAUGGUUUAAUAAGAUAACAAAAAAUCUUAGAAACAAGAAUUUGACUUCUGUAUGAUUAUCCACAGUUACUUGCUCUUUGGUGAUAAUGAUUUGAUUUUUACUUGAUUUAGUUAAUAAAGAUCAUAAAAAAUUGUAUUUGAUAUAUUGUACAUAAGAUAUUUAACAGUUAAAAUGUACCUUUAUUUCAUUAAGAGUACACUACAUGAAAAUCACAUUCAUUCCUCACAUGUAUUUGUGUAUAGAAUGUAGGCACAUCAACUAAAUAUUCAAAUUUUCUAAUAAUUGCUAGUUUUGGUAUAUUUCAAUAGCUUUCUUCAUCAAUAAAGUUAUGUUAAACUUUCAGUUUUUUGGUACACAAGAAAAUGUCAAAUUAUUCAAGCCUAAAUUUUGUAUUACAAUCCAAAUUUGUUACCAAAGGGAGAUAAUUCACAAUUUAAAACUGAUUAUACUUUUCACUAUUUUUGUUUUAAUAAUGAAUACAGGUCUAGUUAACAUUUUACCUUACCUUAUCAUUGCACAUAACAUUCUUUUCAAUAUCACCUCAUACUGAAGAAACAAUUUUCAUAAAACUUACACCAUUAUCUUUUUACCAAGAAUUUUUGAGUUAUUUCCCUUAGUUGAUAUGCCUAUAUUAUUGUUAUUAUUGAUGAUAUUUUUUUGUCCAUUUGAGAAUGAGACAGCAAUGAUCUCUUUUUGAUUAAAUUAGAUAUACUUUUGUUUAUUUGUUUGGUAACUUACUAACUAUGUAAUUUUACAUCAGGAAAUUACAAUUCAUUUACUGUGUUUUUUACUUAUUUUUUAAUCUACAAACUACAUAAAUUUAACUACAUCCAUUUGUAAUGAUCAAUUAGUCCAUAAACCUUUGGUAGUUUAGGCCAUGCUUAAUAGACAUUUAGCUUUAGGCCAUUUUAUUAGGGUGCUCUAUAGUAAUCACUCUGUCUGUUUGUCUGUCCAACAUCACUUCUAUAUUGUACCAUAAGUUAAGAUUGCAUAACCAAUUUCCAUAAUUGUUAUGCAUAGUGUUUAUACCUAUACAAGGAAGAUCUCUAUUGUUUUUGUUUAUUUUUUAAUUUUGACCAGGAAAAAACUCAAGUUUUAUGAGACAUCUUUUUGUGCUAGGAUUUCAAUAAAAAUUGCUAUAUGUUUAUAAUAUGCUGUUCCAAUUUGGGGUAAAAACUAAGUUAUUGCUGAAAAUCGUAAAUAUUUCAAAACACGUUUGGUGCAAGGAAUUCAACUUUCUGCUGGAUAGUUGUCUCAUUGGCAAUCAUACCACACCUUCUUAUUUUUAUAUACAGUUGUAAAAUUGUUAAAAAAAGUAAUAUGUUAGAUUUUUAUUUGAAUGCAAUUCAAAAUGCUUAAAAUUUAGAAAUAUUAUCAAAUGCAAAAUGCUAACAACAGUGAAGUAUUUCAUUGAGAUAACACCCUUACUUAUCAUAACUCUGAAAUUUAAUGUUAUAAAUGGACUUUGAUCUCACUUUUUUGUUCCUUUUCAUAGAUUUUUGUCAUUACUUGUGAUCCUUAAAUUCUGCAUUCCUGUAGUUAGAUUUAUAUAAAACAUUGCUGUAAAAACAUAUUUCUUAAUUUAAUGUAUAAAGUAUGAUAGUAAAAGGUAUUUGCAUAAUUUUGAUAAAUUCAUUGUUAUGUUUUAUAUAUUAAGUACCAAAAAAAAGGUUGUAAUACAUUUGUACAUCAAAAUAUAUAUGAAGUUACAUUUUAAAAAUUUCCCUUGCCUUAUUUUCCCCCAUUUCUUUCUCUUAUUUCUUAAUGUAGCUACUGGUGCGUUACAACCUCUUAGUUAUAAAUGAUCAAGGACUGUUGGUAUUUGUAAUGCAUCUGACCUCUGCUGAUAUUUUGACUCCCUGUUUUAAUAUUCAGAGCUCAGUCCAAGUUUCUAAAUUUUCUGCCACCACCUCAAGCAACAGUCAAAUCCACAGCAUUUUAUUCUUAUAUAUGAAAAUACACUAAUGAAUGCAUUAUACAUUGCUUAUGUAAUUGGUCUAAUGAUUGGGAUUUAUUUAAUCUAGACUUGUAACUUCAAAUACGAAAAAAAUUGAACAUUAUUUGCAUUUUGUUCGUUUUUUUGAAAGUUUUUUACAUACUUAUCAUGCAUUAUUGUUGUGUUACCUGUGUUAUAAUUAAAUUGAAUAUGUACAAAUACUUUAAUAAAAUCUUGAUCACUAUUCAAAAAUAUGUAUAUCCCCUAAUGUCCAUAAAUGUAAUUUUCCCUUGAUUUCAUUACUAAAUAGUGUUUAAAUAGCUAUAUUUUAAGCUCAUUUGUGUUGAUUAAUUCCAAGAAAAUUAACAUCUGUGAAAGUUUUGAUGGGGUGAAAGAUGAAGAAGAUACCAAAGAGGCAUCAAAAAUCAUUAGUGAGGGGCGUCAGGAUUGGGCCUUUAUUUUUGCGGGAAUUCCGGAUCGGGCCUUUAUUUCGCAGGAAGUCAGGAUUUACACCUGUAGGGACUUUGGAAAUAAUGAUUAAUUUUAUAGGAUCUAGGAAAGAAUACUUUAUUUUUUUCGGGAAUUCAGGAUGACACCCCCUCCUACCGCCCCUCAUUAGUCCAAUAUAAACAGACAACAAUCAUGGUUAAACAGAAAAUCAAUGAAAACGCAGACAACAAUAAUAAAACACUACACAGAAAACUGAAGGCCUAGCAACACGAUCACAAACAAAAACCAGGGGUUAAAUCAGGUGCCAUAGAAGGGUAAGCAGGUCAUGCUGCACUAGUGCCACCUAGUUUUUUAGGCUAUGUUGCGUUUUUAUUAGAGAAUUUGUAAAAAGGUUUUAGUGUAUUAAAAAUGUGUUAUUGAAAUACAGUUGUUAUAAAAAAAAACAGUUGUUAUAGAAUUACAGUUAUUAUAAUGAUUCUACUCAACAUUGUUUCAAUUUCUAGUCAUUUAAAAGUGCAAUAACAUAAGCUAUCAUAUGUGAUAAAUGUAGUAAUAUAGUAUUUUGUACAAAUCGCUAUAUUUACAAUCAUGUUUGUUUUAAUGUCUCUAUAUUUACCACCAUGUUUGAUUUUUGUGUUUUGUUAUAGUUAUAAAUGUGAUAAAAAUAAAUAUGUCAAGUCA